UCGCCCCACGGAGCAGACGCAAUCCGCAACCAUGAAUCCGAUGCACCUCUUCCUCGCUACCGUGGUUUGCGUACUGCUGCUGGCACUGCCGACGCACCAGCAAGGGUUGCUCGGUCUGAUGGCCACUGCCGCCAUUAUGAGGCGAUUCCGCGGAAACAACCAGAACGAGAACAGCCAGAGCCAGUCUGCUGGCCAGACACCCUUAGCAUCCCAUCCGGAGCCCUCAAUCUAUGGCCUGCCUUCGCAAAACAUCCCGUUCUAUGCGGGCGGCUACCCCGGUGCCUACGGCGCUUCCAUGGGCGCGCAGUCAGGUCUGGCCCCAGGCUUCGGUGGAGGUUUCCCUGGCGGUAGCGCAGCCUUCGCUCCCGGUACCGGUCCUAGCACCUACUCGGCCAGCUUUGGUGGGUUGAACUUCAACACUGGCGGAUUUGGCGGCACACCAGCGGCUUCUACGUCUUCAGCCUUUGCACCCGGAGGUUUCGGAGGCCUUCCCGGUGCCGGCGGUGUACCUUAUGGUGGCUAGAGUAGCUGCUGCCGCCCACUAAGCACCAUGGGCACUCCAUGCUACGGUGUUUCCGUGCUGAGCUGCACAGAUUCCAAAUCCAGAAAAUCGUAGCGUUGAAUGUAAAGCCACAGACCUUUGGCAUCAUUCGCGAUUUCAGAUAGAUAUAUUGUGAGAAUUCUUUUUAGCAGAAUUUGCAGGUGUCACUAAAACGCCAAUUCCUAGUUAAGAAGUGCGCUUCUCGGUGCUUCAUACAACACCCACCUCCUCAAGAAAAUGACUAGACCCAUAAUUUAAUUGAAGGCAGAGAUUCUAACAGAACGUGUCGGAGGCUUGAUUCCGAGACAAAACACAUAUAUGUACUUUAAAUGGCUUCAAACGAACAAGCUGGGCUUGAAUGCAUUCCGUCUAAAAUGACAAUGUCGCCUUUAGUCGGUAUGAACCCGUAAUUUCAUAGCGGGCGUUACAAUUAUGACAAAAGUAUAAUGGGCUAAGAUACAGACGAAAUGUGCAACUGUUUGUUUCCGUCAAGUUCCGCGUUGCUAGUGUCUGAGUGGUCAGGAAGUGGAUGCUUUUUGCGGCAGCUCGGCAAGAAAUCCCCAGCAUCGAGUGCGCUAUCACAACGCUGUUUUUCGAUUUCUGUCAUCCCCAGUUGCAGCUCUCAUCACACGAGAGUGCAGAACUUCUCACGAGUGCUUUCUAAGUACGUCCACGUGUGAAAACUUCCACGCGAAAAAAAAUACUUCGAUUUGCUUCCUAGGCUGCCAUCACGUUCCGAAAGGAUGCGCGAGGUAGUCGUGGUUCUCUUUGUGAGGUGAAUUUAAGCUCUAAUCGUUUACGUCCACCGCAAUUAUGUAUCCAUAAACGGAAGCUAUAAUGUACGGAUACUGGGCCUUGAAACACGAACGCUCACCCACCACUAGUUCGGUCUUGUCCAGGCUGUAAAUCACACAGAGCUUUAACCACGCUGCCAUUCGACUGAGCCUGGUUGCCAUUUGAAUGGCAGCUCUGUCCACUUUCUCACACCAUUCCUUGUGCCCUAACUACAGCGCUGGCAGUGUUACUCAGGAAGGCGUAUAUUAAAUCGUACAUUUGAGGAUGUUUUCUUAUACUAAAAACGCUAAUAUGAAUACGAAUAUUCAAAGUACAAGAUGAAUGACAUCUACUCUUGCAUAAGAAAGAAAACAUAUUAAAUACCUAAUUAUACUUGAAUCAAGGCAUAAAUAUGAAGCAGGAUGUGAGGUACAAUGAAGCUUGCUCAUGUGCACCACAUGCACGCAUGGCAAGCUGCACGAAACCGAUGUGCUGAGGCGCCACUCGCCGAUAAGUUUCUCCGUGGAAUCAUUUACAGCUGUUGCUGCUAACCGGAGUGAAUCCAGCUGCUUGUUUGUUUAUUUACUUGAUGUUUUGUGGCCUUCAGCUUAGCUGUGGUGCGGGUACAACAGUUUUCAUAAAGUAAUUGCAGCUAGACUGCAAAUACCUUAGCCUCUCAAAAGCAGCACUAGGAGCGUGCGCAAAUCACUCCUUCUGGGCCGUAGGCACAUGUCACUCAGUGGCAGCUAGGUAUGCGUCACAUGUCUCACACACUUCAACAUUCCGUGGCCAGAAGCGGAGUCUCGUACGCACGCUUACCCUUUAUCACGAAACUCUCGCGACGUCAGCAGUAUUGUGAAGGCUUGUGUUCUUCGUAAAACUACAAAGAAUGUUCGGGCUCGGGCUUCGCAGACUAUCGAAAUAUAAGUCUGUAUGCGAUUCGAAAGAGGACCGGCGGCUGCAUUUCCGAUGGAGGCGGAAAUGUUGUAGGCCCGUGUGCUCAGAUUUGCGCGCACAUUAAAGAACCCCAGGUGGUCUAAAUUUCCGAAGCCCUCUACUACGGCGUCUCUCAUAAUCAUAUAGUGGUUUUGGGACGUUAAACCCCACAUAUCAAUCAAUUCGAAAGAGGACGGAAAGGAGCGUGACCCGUGCGCAAGCAGGCAAGUAAGCUUGUACAAAAGAUAGUUUUCUGACCCGUCUUUGUUGGGGAAUCUUUAGCACCUUUUACUGGCAAAGUAAGACGUCCGGCUCAAAAGUUUCAAUUUGUACACAUUUCCUCAACAAUGCGCAUCUGUUCCCACUCGAAUCGCUAUAGAUAGCGUAACGCGGUUUCAUUACUUGCGAUAGUGGUUUAGAUGCCGAAAAUUUUUCUAAAACAAUCCGAAUCGUCAACCUGCAAAGCACUAAAAUUAGGCACACGAAGCACAUACGUGAUCUUUCACGCACGUGAGCCACUUCACCACGGCUCAAAGGUCAGAGCUCCUUUUCUCGCGCUCGGUCGUAUCAAAUUGGACACUCAAACAGUGGUCAAUGCUUCGCAUUGGUUUCAAAGACCAAUGCUUGCGUGCAUAUGAUUAGGUACAUAAAUGUACAUCACACCAAUAGCAUGUGCUGCUGAACUAUCAUAUUCCAGCUCAGCUUCAACCACCGUUUCAGUGUUUCACAUUGGCGCGUUGGCUACGCAGGGGCGCCGGGGUCGGCUUCCAGUGUUUAUGAAGUCUCCGUCAUGUGGAUACGGUGGGCAGUGAACACUGUCUUGACUGAGUUGUCCAUGUUUUACUGCCCCAAGAAAACCUCGCUCAGGAAGUAAUUCAAUUCAUUUCUAGUCUCACACGCUGACGCAACCCUGACUCUCGAACUGCCUUUGAGCACUCCAUCCCUACUCUCGAUAAGCGUGAGUUUCGUGUUCUUUUUGUAAAUAUUUCUUCAACACGGGUUUCUUGCGUUGUACUACCAGUUACGAAAAUAAACUGAACUGAUAAUGAAA